CUGCGGAGUGUUGACGACACCUGAAGCGGACACACCUGCGGAGCGGCUCUGGGUCUCGCGCGCAUGGACAAGUUGAAGAAGGUUCUGAGCGGCCAGGAUGAAGGCGGCGGCGACGGGACCGGGAUCCUGGAGAGAGCCAAUGAGGCGUCCACCCUGGCCUGGGGCACCAGGAUGAAGGCCUUCGGCGUGUGCUUCGUUAUCGGCAUUGUGUGCUCCAUCCUGGGUAGCUGCACCCUGUGGAUCCCUGGCGUGGGCCUCGCUGUGUUCGCUGUCCUCUACAGCGUGGGAAACGUCAGCGCUCUGGCCAGCACGAUGUUCCUGAUUGGUCCGUGUCGGCAGCUGAAGACCAUGUGUGCUAAAGAGAGAGUCUUAGCAACCGUCGUCAUGCUGGUUUGUCUGGUGUUGACGCUUUGUGCUGCAUUUUGGUGGAAGAACAAUGGCCUGGCUCUGCUCUUCUGUGUCAUGCAGUUUCUGGCCUUCGCCUGGUACGGCCUGUCAUACAUCCCUUUCGCCAGGGACGGUGUCACGAAAUUAUGUUCAAUGUGCGUCUCUGAAUGACUUCCAGUCUCGACCAAUCAGGACGCAGGGUGUUGUUGGACCAAUAGGGACACAGGACUCCGCCAGGCGUUCGACCAAUCAGGAGCCUCAAACAUUUCAAACCCUGAGGAUCCAAUCAGCUGUUGUCCUCCUGUUACUGAACACUCAGACUUUAAUGUUUUAUUUAAUACUUAAUAAUUCAUGUUAUUCAAAUGAAUCAAAACUAUUUAUUAUUUAUCAGGCUUCUAAAUGUACAAAUACUUUUAAUUCAACCGGAUAUGAAGAAGUUAUUUUAUUUUAAACAUUUAAAAUAAAUAUAAUAUUUAAAAAAGAUUAAAUGAAUAAAAGCAGAGUAAAAGAUAUAUUUACUUAUUUUACUAAAGUAACAAAUAUAACGUCUUUAAAGUUCUUAAAUCUUAAACUAUUUGACAACUUUGUCAGUAAAUUUCUGAUCGAUUCUCAAAAUGUAUUUAAAUAAAAUUCAAUUUACAGAAAGUUUGAAAAAACAUUUAGAUGUAAUUAAUUUGUUUGUCAACAUUUCAUUUGUUUUGUUGUAUUUCUAAUAAAUAAUAAAACUAGAAAAACACUUGA